UUAUCAGCCGAUCUUAUUUGGUGUGUCCUCCCCUUUAAGAUCCGUUGUCGCUAUCUAGGCGCCGAUUGCGGCGCGGAAACUAAACUAUUGUACUAGAGCUGACAGUUACCUUUCUGAAUAUAACUGAGAAAAACAACAACAACCUGUCUGGUUUACUAAAACCAUAGCUCUCAAUCCUUCGUGCAUCGGCAGAUAUUAACAAGACCUUAAGAAACUAGAGUUUUCAUGACUUAUUAAUCAAGUAAUAUGUAUAUACACAUGUAAACACAAGCCGAGUAGUUAAGAGUUACCGAAGAAAGCACUUUACUGUUUGACAACUGCUUAGUCGAUAAAAAAAAAAAAAAAAAACAUCCAAAUUGUAGUACGUUUUAAACCAUUUCUAAGAAAAUGAGUUCCGCAUUGGAGGAUCCUACUUUAGAAAGGCAUUUUAAGGGCCACCGAGACACCAUUACCAGUGUUGACUUGAACCCCAACAUGAAACAGAUUGCCACUGGCUCUAUGGAUUCCUGCCUGAUGGUGUGGAAUAUGAAAGCUCAGAUGAGAGCCUACAGGUUCGUGGGUCACAAAGACGCAGUGAUGUCGGUGCAGUUCUCUCCCUCAGGACACCUUGUAGCAUCGGCAUCCAGGGACAAAACGGUCCGCCUCUGGGUACCCAGCGUCAAAGGAGAGUCCACGGUAUUUAAAGCUCACACAGGAACAGUACGAAGUGUCAAUUUCUCCAGUGAUGGGCAAUCUUUAGUCACAGCAUCAGAUGAUAAAACUGUCAAAGUAUGGGCAGUACACCGGCAAAAGUUUCUCUUCUCACUCAAUCAACACAUUAAUUGGGUUCGCUGUGCCAAGUUUUCUCCUGACGGGCGACUGAUCGUCUCAGCAGGUGAUGACAAGACCAUUAAAAUCUGGGAUAAAACUAGCCGCGAUUGUAUUCACUCGUUUUAUGAGCAUGGAGGCUAUGUCAGUUAUGUAGAUUUCCACCCUAGCGGUACGUGCAUAGCUGCUGCCGGUUCAGAUAACACAGUGAAAGUGUGGGAUAUUCGAAUGAACAAGCUGCUGCAACAUUACCAAGUGCACACUGCUGUGGUAAAUGGGCUGUCGUUCCAUCCGUCUGGAAACUAUCUCAUCACAGCGUCGAAUGACUCCACACUGAAAAUCUUGGAUUUGUUGGAGGGAAGGUUACUGUACACACUCCAUGGCCAUCAGGGUCCAGCUACCUGUGUGGCCUUCUCCAGGGCUGGGGAUUACUUUGCUUCGGGUGGUUCCGAUGAACAGGUGAUGGUGUGGAAAACUAACUUUGACGCUGCAGAUUAUGAAGAAGUGCUGAGAUCCCAACAAAGAGCCACCAGUGUGAACGGUGCGGUCCAGUCAGGGGAAAGACAGUCAAAGUCAUCGCAGCGGGCCUCUUCAAGGUCACGUGGAGUGGAGUCCUCAGAAGGAGUUGACUUCUCAUACAUUCCUCUUUCCCAUGUUGAGAAAAGGAGUCUGAGCCAGACCUGUCCCUCACAGGGUCCCAAAGAUACCCCUGUCUCAUCUCCAACCUCCCGACAGCAGCAGCCUCUGGACAAUGGGGUUCCAGCAGCCCUGGCUAGCACCCUGGAACAUAUAGUGUGCCAGCUGGAUGUCCUUACCCAGACAGUGGCUAUACUUGAACAGAGACUGACUUUGACUGAAGACAAGCUCAGAGAGUGCAUUGACAGCCAGCAGAUGAUCACACUACAGCUUCGUACUAGUAAAUAAACAUCCAGGAUCCUGAGUAUAUCAUUUACUUUACUGAAAGACAGGUCUGAUUUUUUUUUUUUUUACGUGUCUUGAUUUAAAGUUAUUUGUACAAUUUUAAAUAUCCCUUUAGAGACUUCUUAUAAAAACCAAUCAUUAGACAUUAACAGUUGUUUUAGGUGAAUAAUGGAAUAGAUUUAUUCCUGAGCUCAUUUAAAGAUAAUUACAACUAUCUUUCCAUAAAUUAGAAUUAAUUGUUGUUACUUGGCCACAUCAAAGCAUGAUGGAAUUUUACAAAAGAAAGUAUAAAUAGCGCUAUGCCUUAAUCCAGUUUAGUAUGUGUGAGCCCAGUAGAGAUCUAGCAGGUGAAUGUUUGUUUUCUGUUCCUUAAUUGAAGUGCUGUGUUCGACAUUGUGUCGUAUUAAACUAAACUGUAAAUAUUCUGUAUUUUUGUACAAAACUGUGUUUUGAGAUUUUUUUUUCUUUUAACAUGUUACCAUUUGUACAAUUUUGUAGCUUACAAAAAUUAAU